CAGAGCAGGCAUGACUGUCAGGGCAGGACCCUGACACUAGUGUUGUUGAACUAUCUGUGUCUUGUGUUCUUCAAGAUUUCACUAUACCAAUCCAUUUGCUCUGCAAAGCUCAGUCUUUUUAAACACAAUAAAUGACGUGAUGUGACUCACUUUCCUGGUUCACUGUCAUUAGCGUCAGAACAUCUGAUAAAUCACAAGAGGGCAGAAAAAGUCAGUAAACCUAUGGGAAACCACUUGAUGUGUGACUAGCAGAAGGUUCCUCUGAGAGCAGAACACCAGCUGUCUCUCUCCACGCUAUCAGUCCAUGUGUCUGAGUCACAGAUGAGCGUCCCGUCAGGCGCUUUGAGCUGCUGUAAUGAUGUUGUGUUCAGAUGAAAGAGGCCUGACUCCUACAGAGUGGUUUGGGGAUCUAGUCACACCAGUUUGGUGGGAAGACGUUUGGCUGAAGGAGGGAUUCGCUCAUUAUUUCGAGUACAUUGGGACUGAUUUCCUCUUUCCAAAGUGGAAGAUGGAGAAGCAGAGGUUUCUGACUGAUGUUCUUCAUGAGGUGAUGUUACUGGACGGUUUGGCCAGUUCUCAUCCGAUCUCUCAGGAAGUGUUUGAAGCCACAGACAUCGACAGAGUGUUUGACUGGAUCGCGUAUAAGAAGGGAGCUGCUCUGAUCCGAAUGCUGGCUAACGUCAUGGGACAGCCGCUAUUCCAGAGAGGCCUCAAUGAUUACUUGAUGACACAUAUGUAUGGAAACGCGGCGAGAGAUGAUUUGUGGAACAAAUUCUCCGAGGCCAUGCAACGGGAGGGAAAGGACAUCAACAUCACGCAGGUCAUGGACCGCUGGACGCUGCAGAUGGGUUACCCUGUCGUCACCAUCAGCAAGAACGACAGUCUUGACAACAGUGUCACCAUCUCCCAAGAGCACUUCGUCUAUGACACUGACGCCAAGAUCCAGAAUCCUGAGCUGUUCAACAAAAGCUUCCAGUGGCAAAUACCGCUGACACUCGCAGUGGGAAACUCCAGUCACAUAUCAACAGAGACCAUCAUCUGGGUCUCCAAUAAAACAGAGACGCACAGAGUGGGUCACAUGGAUGGCGAGACGUGGUUGCUGGGCAACAUCAAUCAAACGGGCUACUUCAGAGUGAACUACGACCUUCACAACUGGAGACUUCUCAUUCAACAGCUGAAGACCAACCCAACGAUCAUCUCUGUGGGCAACAGGGCCGGUCUGAUUGAUGACGUCUUCAACCUGGCAAGAGCGGGGUAUUUGCCCCAAAAUGUCCCCCUGCAGAUGAUCUCAUAUUUGUCUCAGGAGACUGAGUUUCUGCCGUGGCACGCUGCAAGUCGAGCUCUUUACCAGCUGGACAAACUCCUUGACCGCACUGAAGACCACAGCUUGUUCAGCGACUAUGUUCUAAGACAGGUGGAACCGAAGUAUCACAAGUUGGGCUGGCCAGCCACUUCCCCUGAGGGCUCCUUCAUGCAGGCGGCUUAUCAGACCGAAGAGUUGCAGAGGGAGGUGAUGAUGCUGGCCUGCAGUUUUGGAAACAAACACUGUCACCGGCAGGCUGUUUCUCUCAUUUCAGACUGGAUUUCCAGCAACAAGAAUAGGAUUCCACCCAACGUGCGGGACAUUGUGUACUGCACAGGUGUUUCUCUGAUGGAUGAGGACGUGUGGGAGUUUAUCUGGAUGAAGUUUCACUCCUCUACAGCCAUCUCUGAGAAGAAGGUUCUUCUGGAGGCUUUGACCUGCAGUGACAACAUCUUCCUGCUCAACAGGCUCCUGAAUCUGUCCCUCACCUCUGACCUGGUGCCGGAUCAGGACGUGAUUGAUGUCAUCAUACAUGUGGGCCGCAAUCCGCUUGGAAGACAUUUAGCGUGGAGAUAUUUCCGCGAGAAGUGGGACAUAUUGAAUUCCAGGUAUGGAGAGGCCUUAUUUAUGAACUCAAAAUUAAUCAGCGGCGUGACAGAGUUUCUCAACACUGAGGCCGAGUUGAAUGAGCUGAAAGAGUUCAUCCUGACCAGCGGGGGAGAGUCAGCACCUGCGUUCGCUCGCGCCGUUGAGAUCGUUCAAGCUAAUGUAAAAUGGCACGUCCUGUUCCAGCAACAGUUCUACCGAUGGCUGCGGAAAGCUCCUGACGGUUAACGCAACAUUAAGCAUGGAGCGCUCUAUUAGCAUGGAAACUCAUGGCCAGUGACGUGGGGAGAUAUAAGUGAAAUUAAAAAAAAUUGAAAAAAACUAUUCUGGACUACAAGAAUCAGCUAAAUUGAGCUUUUAUUUCCCUGCUGUUUUUGAAACGACCAGGCCCUCACAGACCAGGAUGAAAUGAACGGCUGAAAAACACUGAAGGAAUCAACGUCGGAAAUUGCAUGAUGGCAUACGUCAGUAGCGACAGACGAUUUACAUUCCAUUUCCCCUCGUAUUUUGCAUGAAAGUCAUUUCCUUCUUGCCGUCAUUCUGUUUGCUGAAGUUUGACCUUUUCUGAGUCCUGAGAAUAUCGGAUUUGCUUUGAAGACCAGAUGACGGUACAAAGAGAUUGCUCUUCGGUAUAUAUAAACACAAUUUAGAUUAAGCACAAAGACGUGACAAUCAGUGUUUUGAUUGGAACAGUACGAGGAGGACAAAGAGGAGAAGUAUUCAUGUAGCCUUUUCUCUCUCCAAAGCCAUAAAGAGGAGCAGACUGAAUUUUAUCUCUUGUACAGAUGGUGUUUAUUGUUUGAUGAAUAGACGGUACUCAAUGGUCAUCAGAAGAGGGAAUCUUUUGGAGGGUUUUCUGCUGGUGCUGGCUGGAGCAGCGAUGGUUUAACCCGCAGGUGUCUUGGAUCAUUUGCAUUCUCAUAGUGUUACUCUUCGCUCUCCAGUUUUGGAGGGUUUGUCCUUGAAUAUGGUAUGUUUGUUUGAGUGGAAAAAUAGUCAGUGUAUCGAUAUUUUCACGUAUGAUUUAUUGAUAAGCUGGAAGGAGGUCAAUGCAGUGCUGAGAUGUUAUCUUGUUGUGAAUAUUGUGAGCUUUUGAAAUGGAUGGUUGUUAUGGAGACCAAUUAUAAAGGUUUUCAUAGUUUUAUCUUUUUUUACAUGGACAUGAAUGGUUAAACGUGCAGUGUUGAAAAUGAUGUAGUGGUUGACCAAUAUGCGGGUUUCUGUAUGUUUGAUUUGUUUUAAGAAUGUUAAAAAAAUAUCAGUUAAGCAAGACAACUUUACAUUUGAAGCAAAAAUUGCGUAAUAUAAUGCUUUUCAGAGGAUAUAUCUGGAAUUCUAUUUAUUUUUCUUACUCAGAUUGUUUCCUUAGUUUUUUAAGCAUUUGUAUGUGCAGUUUUGCUUCUGAUGUAAAUUGAUCUUGUUUUAACGAUGCCUGAAGACCAUAAUAGGUAUGAUAAAUGUAAUGAUGGCAAAACAGAUGUAUAGAAAUUUGCUAAAAUGUGACAAGGGUACAAUAUUUACUCAGAAUUAAUAAAAAAAUUAACAUCUUAUCUAUCAGCAAUCAUAGCGAGUAUUAACACAUUUUAAUUGGCCAAUCAAAUCAGCUAAUCUGAAAAAUGGCCAUUAUCAGACAGUUGGUCGUCCUGGUCGAUAUAUUGGUCCAUCACUACUGUGUAUGACUUUCAGGCUUGGGCAAAAUUCAGAAUUUUGAAAUUUGAAGACAUUAGAGGAGUUUCAUUAGACCGACAAAAGGUUUGCGACAAAAUAUGAAUCAUUACAUAAUUAAUUUUGACUAAUCAUCCCUAUUUAUUCCCUCAAUAUACAUUUACUCGAUUAUUAUAACUUAAGUAACUUAUUUUCCUAAUUAAGUUCAAUACUUUCAGAACAAUUAAAAUGGCUAACAUCAAAAAUGUAAUAUAUUGAUUAUAUAUUAAGCUCAUUUCAAAAAGCCUCCAAUUGGAAUUUUUAUUAAUUCAGUGAAUAUUUUUUUUUCUGCACUGGUAUAUGUGAAAUAUAUAUUAUU